AAGUAAACAGGGCAGGAGGCGCGCGCAGCUUGGAGCCCCCCGGUGCCGUGCGAUUGAAGCUGGUAUAACAAGGCGGCCCACACACAGUUUGAAGACAGCUCACCUCUAGCCGAGAGCGAAUAGGACAUCGCGCUUGAUCCCUUGCGCAAAUUUGCCUCCGCUCAAGCAUGGAGUCCAUAAGCCCUAAGCAAACGACCCCGUUCUCCGUGACAGACAUCCUCAGUCCUCUCGAGGAGAUGUACAAGAAGCCCAUGGACGGAACGAUGACUGGAGGCUACGCGGGAACGAUGAACGCCGCCGCCGGCAUGGGAGCCGGAGGGUACCGCCAACAGGUGACUCAGCCCCUGCAGCACCAGAGCAUGAACGUGCCGGUGUCCAACCCGUACAUGCACGUCCCGACUCAGCUGUCCCACGGCAUGGCCAACCCCUACUGUAACGGCAACGUGUCCGACCUGCCGCACUACAACGAACACGUCCGCAACACGGCGUCGUCCUGGUACGGAGCCAAUCCCGACCCACGCUUCUCAUUUCCACGGCUGAUGGGAGGUCACUCGGGAGGUAUGGGGAACAUGGGAAUGUCUCUCGGCACCAUCGAGGGGCCCAAGCCGAUCUUGCCAACCACUCAGCGCCGCAAGAGACGAGUGCUGUUCUCCCAGGCGCAGGUGUACGAGCUGGAGCGGCGCUUCAAGCAGCAGAAGUACCUGUCGGCGCCCGAGCGCGAGCACCUGGCCCAGCUCAUCAACCUCACGCCGACGCAGGUGAAAAUCUGGUUCCAGAACCACCGCUACAAGUGCAAGCGGCAAGACAAGGAGCGGCAGAAGUCCAGCACAGACCAGCCUUCACAGCAGCAGCAGCAGCAACAACAGCAACAACAACCACAGCAGCAGCAGCAACAGCAGCAGGUUUCUCAGCACCAGGCGGGGCAGGUGCAGGGGCAAGCCGGCCAGCAGAACAUGUGUGCCGCCGGGAACUCCCCCCGGCGCGUCGCCGUGCCCGUUCUAGUCAAAGACGGCAAGCCGUGCGGAAAUACUCCCUCCACGACCCCGGUGACCGGCGUCACGGCCAACAUGUCCGCGGCCACCCCGCAACUCAACCCGCAGAGUCAGGCGAACAUCAUCGGUACCACCGUAGCCACGGUCAACGUCAACGGACUGAACUCUCACAUGAGCUCGGGAAACUAUGCGAACAACACCAUGUCUUCAUGCUCGUCCUCACAAUACCUUCUACAGCAAGGAAGAGCGUGGUGAAAAAAAGAGAGAGGAAAAACAACAGCACCGACACUAAACUUAACACAUUCGCCGUAGAAAACUGUCCUAAGUGUCGGCUAGGAACAUUUUUCGGCCACUCUAGCGCUAGUUUUUAAAAACUAUGUCCAUAGAGCUGACGACUUUUUACAUAGGUAAAUGUUGGACGUGCCGGUAUUGUAGCAGGCCGUAACUUAACAAUGUGCCAUAUGCAUGUAGAACUUAACGCAGCGAGCGUUGCGAUUUUCUACAAAGGCUGUACCUUUCUUGAACUCCAAAUGCUAUAGGACCUGUACCGAUUCUAGACUGAUGUUGUCAGAGAGAGGUAGCUUUGCGUACACCUACCCUACUGUAGGCUUCGAGCCACCGGCCAGGAAAAGAAAAAAUGCCACCCCCAGAAGUUUAUUAGUUACAUUUUGUUGUGUCAGGGUGUUAUACAAACUCUGCAGUGUCGGCACAGAAAACAGGUAGGUUGACACGCUGUCAGAAUCAGCUGUGUCCAAAAUUCAGUAAAUAUGAACACGGGAAACAAAGAAGAAAGGACACGGAAAAUGUCUUCUCACCUAAACACUUCUCUCAACAAUUAACCGAGCACAGUAUGUGUAGCAUGGUUUUUAGAUAAUCGCGAUCGCACAAUCCUAACGUACAUUCCCCAAGAUUUCUUCUGUGUUGUUCCCUGUUCUAGUUCUACCUUAUUAGCACGAGGAGCUUUUGUGGCAAACAAUCAGAUGACGUUGUAUACAUGAAGACCAUUACGUGUAGAAAAUGGCCUAGAUUUGUGAAGAAUUUGUAUGAAAGAUUAUCAGAGGAAGGAAAAGACAGAAAUUCCGAAAUCAUGAGUUCAAAAUCUGACCAAGAAUGUAUUGUAUGUAUGAGAAGAGAGAAUUCGAAUUUGUGUUGAAUGUUGUAGCAUAUAUAUUUCACUCGAAUUGAUUUGUACAAUUUCGAAGAUAGCCAAUAUAGUUAAUGAGCUUUUAGAUAAUUUAUUAAUAUAUUAGUGAGAAUGUUGAGGAUAGUAUGAAAAAUACGCCGGUCCCAUUUUGGGCCCAUGUUGUCACAAUGUUGUUGUACAGAACAUGUUGAAAAUUUCGUCCCGUUAUGUUUCUUUGUUCGAUGUUAGAGCGGAAAUUUUAUCUUUUUCGUUGUAAAGGAAAUAAAUUCACUCACAGAAACGUGCUACUGAAUCUCUU